AUGUGUAAUAAAGCUAUUAACAGUUAUUUGAAUUUAUUGAGGAUGUUCGAGAAUCGAGCAAAUUAUCUGUUUAAGACUAAUGAGUCAAAAUAUUUUUGUGAAACGGAAAGAGAACCGAAGGGGAAGGCAGAAGAAACACUUGUAAGGAUAAGACAUCAAACUAAAUUCUUCAUGCUGUGCAAUGAUCUGGUUUUUAAAAAGUCAAGACUAAGCAUAAUUGCUUUGAAUAACAUUUGCGAAUACGAGAAACCACGACAGCAAACAAAGAGAGAGAAGUAA